GAGAGAUAGAGAGAGGGGGAGUUAGAGAGAUCAAGCAAGCUAGAGUGAGAGAGAGGGAGAGUGUAAGAGCAUAGAAGAGUUAAGAGCAAACAGUGUGAGGCAAGGUGGUUAGAAAGGAACAUAUUGAAGACUGAGUCGGAGACAGAGAGAGAGAGAGAGAGAGAGGAGGUGAAAAGAUAAAUAGAGCGAGAGAGAGAGCUGUAUGUCUCUGUGCUUUACGGCUAGCUGAUCCAAUGAGCACUCACUCCGUUACUCACCACGCAAAGACACCCAGAGAGUGAUCUGACAGUGAUGCCGUGUCAAGGCCCAUCCCUCUCUCUGCGCCCCUUUUUAUCCCGUGAGGCCCAUGUGACCUAGCCAUCGCCCAAACACAGGGGACCGUGCCCGCCGCCGCUGGCACCCACCCAUGAAUCCCAGCCCUGACCGCGGCAAAGAGUGCCUCCCCCCUAAGAAGAGGGAGUUCCGGGAUGGUUUGGCCAACCAGCACCCCCCCCUGGACGAGUUCAAACCACCCGCCACGCCCCCCAGGACCCGGCCCUCAAGCAGCUCAGGGAGGGGGGAGGGGGGCAGGGGGAGCAGCGAAGAGGCUUUGACGAACCGCCACAGCCUGCUACCCUCUAUCCCACCCCCCCUCCCAUCCCCGUGUAUCCCCCUCCCUCUGCCAUGGCACCUGGCCUACCCCUCCUCCGUCCCCCUUCUCUUCCUCAAAGACCAGGUAGGGAAGAGGGAUGAUCUUCUCCCCUCCCCCUUCCCCCAUCACUCCAGGUGUCUCCAAGGUGAAAUCCUGCCACCCUCCCCCUCCUCAUCCUCUUCCUCCUUUAAGAGCCCCUUCCCCACUGAAUCAAGAGACAUGUGGUCCUAUUUCAACACAGGCCGAAGGGACUACAGCUCCUCUCUUUUCUCCCCCUCUUACCUGUUCAGCCAGCCCUCCCUCUACCCCCGUGACCACUCCCUGACUGAGGGCAGACACAGGUACCUGGGCAAAAGGCCCAACGGGCUGGACGUGCCAGGCAGCAGGACUGCCUCUGCAUCUAGGGUGGCACUCCCCUCAGGAGAGUACAGGAACGAACCCAGCGGCAGUGCCAGGCUGGGCGGCAGCCCCCACGGUUCCCAUGCCAACGGGAGACGGAGACACCAGGACGUUCCCACAGGGCGUUUCGAGCAGUUUGCAGGUUUCCGAGAUUUCCAAGUGACGCCUCCGGAGGGCCCUGACUCACAUUCCUCUCUGCAGGACAGGGAUCCCUGUGGGACGCCAAAGGCUGGGAUUUCCACCCUGAUCCCCACUAGUCCCCAGCCCCAUGGGGCAGAGACCCGGGCAGGGAGAGGGGAGCUACUGGACCCCCUGGGGGGCUCUGUGGCGGAGGCUCAUGUCUACUACUCCCUGGCUUCUGUUUACUCCACCCUGCAGCCCAGCCAGCUCAGUACCCAGGCCCAGGCUCAGCGCUACCCACUGUACAGCCCCUCAGGCAGCUCUCUGUAUGGCCUGCACACCAUGAGGAACUCACAGCACUCAACCCAGGGGCAGCUCAACAGCCACAGCACAGAGAAAGACAGAGAACGAGACAGACAACAAGAACAAGAGCGAGAAAGAGAGCCUGAAGGAGACAGAGACAUCAGAGAGAUAGACAAUAAAAGAUACGGAAAUAAAGACAGCAGAGAGCUCUCUCCUGGGCAGCAGUACUCGCGUCCCCUUGCCUCCCCCUUCCUUCCCCACAUGACCGCCUCACCCUCUGCCCCCCACCACAUCCCCCCAGCGCUCCUACCUCACUUUGCCAAGGGUUCUCUGAUUGAGCUGGUGGGGGGUCGUUUGAAGCGUGUGGAAGAGCUGAGGACGGAGGACUUCCUGAGGAGUGCUGACACCUCCCCAGAGUUCCACCUGAGCACCUGCACCGUGCUGCUUAUCGGCCCCAGCAACACACACGGCUUCAACCACCUGCAGGUCCUUCUCACAGACAGCAACACUCAGGAGUUACUGACGGUUCUGGUGGAGUACCCAUUCUUCGUGCGUGACCGCGGCUGGUCUUCCUGCUGUCCCCAGAGAACCGCCCAGCUCUACGGCCUGUCCUGCCGCCAGCUCAGCGAGGGAGACAUCUGCUUGGCCCUCACCCCCUUACACACACGCACAGUCCCCCGGGGCCACAGGACACACACCCAGGCCAGGGCCAGCACACACAGGGAGGAUAUGCCCCCUCCUCUCCCUCCUCCUCCUCUUCCUCAUCCCUCCCCUGCUCUUGUCCCUCCUCCUCUCCCUCCUCCCCCUGUAGACCCCCCCACCCAGGAGCAAACACGUCCACGCAAGAGGCGAUGGUCAGCCCCCGACCUCCUUCCUCCCACCGGAACUACUGGGCUUGACAAGACCACCAAUUUACCUCACGGCUCCAAGCAGAGGAAGUGGCAGUAGAGCGCACACGCAAGCACAAAUACACCCUCCUUGUGUGAGAGCACGAGGCAGGGUUGCAGGGAAGGACAUAGAACAGGCAACUUUAAGGGUGUCCACACUGCUGCCCAAAGCAUGAGCCCAUACCCCACUUUCCCAUCUCCCAAUCUCUGCUUAACACAACU